GAGCCUUUCUACAUACGUCAUAAGUUAAACCUGUUUUAGACAAACUACUUGGAUAAUGUUCUACAGUCUACCUUAUGCUAUGGCUGAAAACAGUGGUGGUAAUAAAAGACAAUGGAAAAAUUACAUCAACAGGAUCCUUACUCGCCAUGGGAAGUCAAGAUUUUCAUUUGAAGUGGCACAGUCAUCAUAGCAAUGUUUUGUCUGUUUUUGAACAGCUUAUGUCUCAAGAACAGUUUGUGGAUGUGACACUAGCGUGUGAAGGCAUGAAUAUUAAGGCCCAUAAAAUGCUGUUGUCAGCUUGUAGCCCAUUUUUUAAAGGGAUAUUUGAAGAAAAUCCUUGUAAACAUCCAGUUAUUGUGAUGAAAGAUGUAAAGUUUUCUGAGCUCAAAGCUAUUGUGGACUUCAUGUAUCGUGGGGAAAUUCAUCUACCUAAAGAUGAAUUGCAAAGUUUCCUGCAAACUGCAGAUCUUUUAAAAGUGAAAGGGCUGACUGAGGUGAGAAAUAAUUUUCAACUAUCAGCAGGUAAUGAAAACCAGGAAAGCUUAGUCAACCCUGUUUUACAUCAGAUUACAUCUUCAGAUGUGAUCGGUGAAAACCGAGCCUCAUUUCAACCUCUUAAAAAGCGAUGUCGUCGUCCAAAGCGUCAUUCUACAGGAGAGAAAACAGUCAGUGUCUCAGACUCGGCAAUAUCUGACACGAACUUGCAGCUCGGUAAAAAUCUACGAAUAGGAUUGGCCAAUAUAAUUCCAGAAGCAAGUACGUAUCCUGUUUGUAAUACUGCUAGUUGUGCCAUUACUAGCCAUUCUGCUUCUGUUACAGAUCCUGCCUGUGAAGUUGUGACAAGUCCUGCCUUUUGUGCAGGUAGUAUGGUGGGUGUUAGUGGCAACUUUAAUAAUGCAGGGUUUGUGUCGACAAACAAUAAUCCAGUUAUUUUGAGUACUGUCUGCUCUACAGUUGGUGUUGCAACCCCCAUUGUUAUUGCUCCCAUUUACACAAACUCAACCGUCACCGUAUCGGGUACCAGUACUUCUGUUGCCGCUACUACUGCUACUUCUACUUCUACUGUUGUUGCUAGUCCUAUCAUCAGCAUCCCUGUUGCUGCAUCUUCAACACAACUCCUUUCACAGCCUGAAGAGGAUUGGCUUAUGUCUCAGGGACAACAGGAUCUUCAAAAACAUUCUGAGGAAAAUAUAUCUUUAAGUGUUCCUUCUGGUCUACCUGUUGGACCUAAUAGUGAAGAUGUUUCACAAAGAGUUAAAGAGGAGCCUUUGUCACCUCAAGCAAGUGAGAAUGUAGCUGGACCAAGUGGCUCGGUAAUUAGUGGAGAAUAUUUGCCUACAAAUGAAGUGAAAAUGGAGUUUGAAAGUUGGUAUGCGUUGCCUGUAAUUGAAGAGUCAGAUGUGUUAUACACCUGUGAAGUUUGUCACAAAACAUUCAGAAACAUUGACUAUAAGAAGAGGCAUAUGAAGAUCCAUGAAGAAAGACCAGAAUAUGAAUAUAAAAGGAUGCUCCCUGAGAGUUCAACUGGCAGUUUAACGUGUGAGACGUGUAAUAAAAGUUUCACCAGAAGACACGACUUAAAGCGCCACAACAAUACUCAUUCAAACAUGCGAGUGUUUUUCUCCUGUUAUCUUUGUUCAAAAGUUUUUUCUUGGAAGAGAAGUCUACAACAACAUGUGAAGUACCAUCACCAUAAGUUGUAAAACCUUUUGCAAAACAGAGUAAAAUCCAGGGACAGAAGAAUUUUCCCAGAUUUGAGAACACAGGACCUUCAGCUUGGGCCAGAUGUGACUAGUGACUCUAAAGUUACUAGAUUUAUAUGUGAUAUAUGUUGUAAAAGCUUCACAAGAAGAUACGACCUGAAGCGGCACAAGUAUAUCCACUCAGAUGUGCGAAUGUGUUUCUCGUGUCACUUUUGUUCUAAGGUGUUUACUUGGAAGAUCAGUUUACAGCAACACUUAAAGU